AUGGGGUGCAAGCUGCUAUCGGAUGCGGCUGUCAACCAACCACCAGCCCCCGUUCUAGGAAAUGGAGAGGAGAUAAAACCUACUGAUAUUGCGGCCUCAUAUAGAGACGUGCGCGAUUUACAGAUCGCCUACUUCUGCCCGAGGACCAGCUGCGACAUGGAGGAGCCAGUACACACUACAGGGUGUCCGGUCGUCGUGCGCCCGGCCUCCGACCCAAACUCCUUGGAACUACGGAGUGAUAGCUUGGCAUGUCUCCUGACCCACCCCGAUGUUGCAGAUCUCCCUGUGGUGGUUCUCUCCGUCGCCGGAGGCUUCCGACUGGGAAAGUCCUUCCUUCUCGGAUUCUGCGUCAGGUACCUGGAGCACCUAGAGACGUCGCCAGAUUCAUCUGAUUGGAUGGAGCAGGAUAAUAUACCCUUGACGGGGUUUUCCUGGAUGUACGGUAGCCAAAGGGAGACGACUGGCAUUCACCUGUGGGGAAAAGUGUUCAAGGUGGAGACGGAAAGAUAUGGGACCGUGGCAGUCAUCCUCAUGGACACGGAAGGUUCAUUCGACAACAGGACCACGCUAGAAGGAAAUGUUACAAUUUUCUCAAUCAGCAUGCUGCUGAGUUCUAUACAACUGUACAACCUCACCAAACAAAUAAUCCAGGCCGAUUUGGAACAUCUGAAGCUAUUUACGGAGUAUGCUAGCAUGGCUAGAAAUGCUGGUGGCGAUGGCAAUGAAGUGUUCCAGAAGCUCCUGUUUCUCAUACGUGACUGGCAAUUUCCGCAAGAGAAAUCAUUUGGACUGGAAGGCGGAGAAGAGCUGCUUCAAGUUUUGCUUCAAACGGACCCCAUACUGCCAGAUGAAGUAUGCGAACUGCGUAAAAGGAUCAGAACCAGCUUCGCCGAAGUGGGGUGUUUCCUCAUGCCCAGACCUGGUGACGCUGUAGAGGAGCAGGGUUUUGACGGAAGGCUUAGUGCUUUAAGUGAGGAUUUUAGGGAUCAGUUAGACAGCCUCCUGGAUUACCUGCUUUCAACCGAAAGGCUAGUUCCCAAAAUGAUUAAUGGAAGGAAGAUUACGUGUAAAGAGCUCGUGUCUAUGUUCCAGGUUUAUUUCAACGUCUUCAGCGGAAAGCAGCUCCCUGAACCCAUGACAGUCUUCAACGCAACAGCAUAUAUUCAUAACAAGCGAAUCAUCGAAGAACUCGUAAAACAAUAUGAAACCGAUAUGGAAGCGGUCGCCAGGAUGACUGCAGACUCCGAUUCUGACAGUGAUAUCGUAACUGAACAUGAUAGGCUGAUGAGAGUGUGCUUGGAAAAGUUUGAGAGUGAACCCAAGCUGGGAGACUUCGCGACAACUCUUCGGGAAAAGCUGAUAGAGGAGCUGAAUAGUCGCUACGACACCUUGAAACGCACUCACAAUAUGAUGAGGGAGUAUAGCCAUGAAAUGAACAACCGGAUCGCUGAGGACCGAGAGCAGUGUCAACGUGAUCACGAAGCAAGAAUAGAGAAGUCAGCCCUAAGCGAGGGUAAGCCCUAA